GUGAGCUGAGUGAGGAGAGGAAGAGAGACAAUGGAUUUCUGGAGGAAGGGUGAAAGAACAGGAGUGCAAAUACAGAAAACUGACCUGAAACUGAGAAGAAAAAAGGAGAAGUAGGAGAGCUUAAUCUGAGGAUGAGUUCAGCCCAGAUGAGAGCACAAAAAAGCUGUUUGUGAACCCGUUUUAUGAGACGAUGGUGUUCUCUUUUUUCUACGACUUUUUUGAAAAGACGAUUGAUUCAGUGGAAUGAGGCUGACUGAAACAUCUAUUCAGGAUGUUUGUUCUCAUCUGGUUAACUCUGCUGUUCUCUGUUGGAAGCAGCCCUGCAGACACAGGUGCAUCACUGAUAAGAAGUACAUCAUGCCAAGAUAACUUUUGCAUCACUUUAACUGAGAGAAACAUAACAGCAGAGGCUGGACUCUGUGUUUUAAUACCGUGUUCUUUCACAACCAGUCCUGCCUUUACUCCCCAUGCCAUGGUUUGGUUCAAAUGUGAAACACAACACGAAAAAUACUGUAAGGAUUCAGACAUGAUUUUCAGCACCAACAGAGAUGUAAAGUCUGGGUUCAGAGGUAGAGUGUCAGUGUUGGAGCCUGAUGUGAGUAAGAAGAGCUGCAGCAUCAUCAUCAACGACCUGAUGGCAUCUGACUCUGGAUCUUAUCAGUUUAGAGUUAUUAGUAAGGACUUCCUUUGGAUACUCGGAGAUGGAUUUUCAUUUCUCUCAAAAGCAACUGUUGCUGUUCAAGAUCUGACCCAGAAGCCCACAGUGAUGGUUCCUCCUCUGAUAGAGGGACAGCAGACCACAGUGAGCUGCACUGCUCCUGGUCUCUGCUCCGGAUCUGCUCCUGAGAUCACCUGGAUGUGGAGCAGAGGAGGAGGAGACAAUGAUUCCCACAUCACAAGAAACAUAACUGAUUUCAAGACUGAGCGUUUGGAUGCUGUAUCACAAAGGCACAGCUCGAUGAUGACCUUUGACCCUUCAUUGUCCUGACACCACCAAACUGAGCUCACCUGUAGGGUCAGCUUUAGGAACAACAUCACAACAGAGGAGACAGUGACUCUGAAAGUCAGCUUGUAUCCAAAGAUCCUAAACCGCUCUAAAUGUGAGGUCCAGUUGGGGGUCCUGACCUGUUUGUGUGUCAAUGAGGGGUUUCCUUCACCUAGCAUCAAAUGGCCGCUGUUGGAGAACCACACCCAAUACUCUGUCACUAACACUGUCACAAACAACACAUCCAUCAGCAGGCUUUCCCUGACUGUGAAGGACCACAGUGACAGUGUGAUCAAGUGUGUCAGCAGAAAUGGAGUAGGGGAAGUGAACCAGAGCCUCAUUGUGUUAACAUCAGAGAGGUCUGAAGGUACAGAUCCACACAGACUUGGUUUACUGCUUCCCUGGGUUGUGGCUGCUGUGUCUCUCAUUGUGAAUGUCAUCCUCAUAAUCAGUCUGAUCCUCCUGUGGAACAAAAUAAAACAAAUGAAACCAAAACAAGUGAAACCAAACCAGGAGGACAACAUAUACGUGUCACUGCAGAGAAAUGUCCUGUCACCAGAGUACGACGUGAUCUGUCGACCUCUGAACCAACAUGAAUUAGAUAAAAAAUCUUCCUGUGGAUGGAGACACUGACCACCUCAGGAUGUUUGCCCUCAUCUUGACUACCGUGCUUUUCUCUGUCAGAGUCACCAGAGCAUACACAGGUGCAUUAGAGAGACGAAGUACAUGCCAAACUAGUGACUUCUGUAUCAAUCUGAGUAAAGAAACCGUGACAGCAGAGGCUGGACUCUGUGUUGUGAUACCGUGUUCUGUUAAUACCAGUUCUUCCUUUAAGACCAAACAUAUUAUUUGGUAUAAAUGUGAAUCAGCUACAAGAAAAUGUGGUGUCUCAGAUGUGAUACUCAAUAAUACUGAGCCUGGAAUAGAAGUUAAGUCUGGGUACGAAGGUAGAGUGUCACUGUUGGAGCCUGAUGUGACCAAGAAGGACUGCAGCAUCAUCAUCAACCACCUGACUGAGUCAGACUCUGGAUUUUAUCAGUUUAGAGUUGAGGGGACCAUGACUGGUGGAAAAAAAGGUGGAUUUACAUUCCAUCACAAAACCCAUGUGGCUGUCAAAGCUCUGACCCAGAAGCCCUCAGUGACGGUUCCUCCUCUGACAGAGGGACAGCAGUCCACACUGAUCUGCACCGCUCCUGGUCUCUGCUCUGGAUCUGCUCCUGAGAUCACCUGGAGGAUUGGACGAGGAGAGAAGAACUCCCACAUCACAGGAAACAUCACUGCUUUCACUGAGACUGGGACUGCUGUCACAAAGAGAUACAAGUCAACUUUGAGUUUUACACCCUCUGCAGAGCAUCAUGGCACUGAUGUCACCUGUAAAGUCAUCUUCAAAAACAACAUCACAACAGAGAAGACAGAGACUCUGAGUGUGGCCUAUGUCAAGACCCUCAUCAUCACUGGAAAGAGAGCUGUUCAAGAGGGUGGUGGCCUAAAUCUGGCCUGCAGUGUUGACAGUUUCCCUCCAUCUGUUAUCACAUGGACCAAAGAGGGCUCAAAUAAAAUCCUGAGCCGUGGCACUGGAACUGCAAACCUCUCCAUCACCAGCAUGUCAGCAGAACAUUAUGGAAAAUACAUCUGUACAGCAUCACACCAGAUCUCUACUCUGACAGCAGAGACUGAAGUGAUUCUGGCUUUUUCACCAAAGAUCUUUAACAGCUCGACGUGUGUGCUUCAGUCAAAGAAGCUGACCUGUGUGUGCAUCAGUGAGGGGUUUCCUUUACCAACCAUCAGAUGGCCGCUGGUGAAGAACCACCCCAAGUACUGGGGCAAGACUAGCCAGUCCAACAACACAGUCAACGUCAGCAUUACUGUGACUCUAAAAGAUCACAACUACACCACUUUUGAAUGCAUCAGCAGCAAUGACAUUGGAAAAGUAAAAAAGAACAUGACAGUCAUCAUUAACAAUUCAUCAAAUAAAGAAGCAGAGUCGGGUGGACUACAUGAACUUCUUCCCUGGGUUGUGGCUGCUGUGUCUCUCAUCGUGAAUCUGGUCUUAGUAAUCAGCCUGAUCCUCCUGUGGAAUAAAAGAGAAAAUGUGAAACCAAACCAGGAGGAUAAAACUUACAUGUCACUGCAGAAAACAGACCCAUCAGGAGAGUACGAUGUGAUCUGUCAACGUGUGAACUAACAGCAGUCAGCCUCCACUGUGCAAAGUGGGAGACGGUGGUUGGACAGUGCGACUGAUAAGUGAAGUCUUAUUUUCUACUUGUUUACGGUAAUAUUAUUCUAACAUUUCUAAGUUCUCUUCAAAACAGCACAUUCUUUAUUACACAGCUUUAUCAGUUUCAGCUUACAACAAAUCCACCUUUAUUGGAGUAGUUUAAGGUCACCUAGGCUAUUUUGUUUUACUGUAAGUUUGUCACAUUUGUUGACCAGACCCUACAUACUUACCGAUGUAGUCAUAGUCAGCUAUUUUAGCCGUGGUUUUGAUGCUGUGGUUCUAGACUCAAUGAUAGACUACGUGAUCUUAUUUAUUAGUGCUCCCUCUCAUGCACAUCAUAAAAGGAUCAGACAACAGCUAAUAGGAAAGAAAAGUAAGCUGACAUGUACAAGUCUUAGUGUGACCUGCAGAGGUUCACAAAUCUGGGACAAGUUUGAAAGCACAGUAGAAAUGCCAUCAUCUUCUGAUCCUUUCUUGAUAGCUUCCCAUAUGAAAAAUAUUGUCCAAUUAUUUUAGAUUGCUAUUUUCUUAGUGCCAUUGUCUACAGGUAAUGUAUUAGUGUCACAUUUAGGAUCUUAAGAAUGAUUUUUAGGGUGUUUUAGAGUCAUGAGUUAAUGUUAGGAUUGCUGGUUGUAUUACAUUUGUAAUAAAUUAUUGUGUAUUAUUAUUAUCUAUGUUAUUUGUAAAUUGUAUUAUCAUGUAUGGGCCUCACUCUAUGAACUAGUUAUAGCUAAAGCUUCACCAACUAUCACAAUGGAUUAUAUUGCAUUUUUAUUGGUUUAUGAAUGAACUGAUUGAUUGAUUGAUUGAUUGAUUUCUUAACCAGUACAGACAUACUUAACUGGAUUUUCCAGUCAGCUUGUAUUUUACAACCAAAUCAAAACAAAAUUGCAGUAAACAGUUAAAUGUUUGACAUUGUUUCUGUUUUUAAUCUAUAACAAAAAUAGUUGUAUUCCUGUUUUUAACAACAAAGAACAUUUAAAUUUGUAUUUUAGUGUCUCCAUUAAUUGAUUUGUCAAGUAUCCCACAAAAAAGAAAGUCAGUUUACUGACAGAAUAAUAAUGAUUAAUCUUGGAAUUUCUGUAACUCUUUAUGAUCAAUCACAACUUUUUAAGAUUUUUUUUUUUUUUUUAAAUUUCCAACUGUUUUUGUGUCAGUUUGUUUAUGGAUUGAAAAUGAAAUUUUAUGCAAUUGAUAGUCAAUGAACAGAUUUAACAGCUGAAGUGGCUUAU